CCCCGGCGCAGCGGUGAAAGUGUGGGUAGUGCAGCGCAGCCAUGCCGACCUCCGCGGGACACCUCGCCACCGUCUUGGGCGUGCUGCUGGCGGCGACCCCGCUGGCGUCGAGCCCCCAGUGCGACCACUACGGCGGCUGCCGCAGCUACCCCUUCCUGCCCGCGCCUCCCGGCAAGACGCCGUCCUGCGCCAAGCCGGGCGCCACCUUCUGCGAGAAGAUCGACCAUUACCCCACGCAGCUGAUCCGUUACCUGAUAGAACAAUGGGCCUACGACUAUAAUACGUUACUCCUUGAUGAAUCGCGUGAUGACUUCAAUUACAGGCCCGCGCCGCCGCCGCCGCCGCCCUACGGCCCGCCUCCGCGCGGCUACCCGUACGGCCCGGUGCCCGCGCUGUCCUACCUGCCGCUGCAGCUGGUCACGCCCGCCGGCGCCGCAGGUCCGGGCAACGGCUCGGGGCCCUACCCCGACCGGCGCUACAAGCUGCUGGCGACGCCCUACCUCUACACCACGGCGCUGCUGCAGCCGGCGCACGUGCCCGUCCCCGUCGCGCACUACGAGCCGCCGCCACCGCCGCCGCCGCCCGCGCCCCACGAGUGGUGGGCCAGAUAUGCAAGAUCCAAUUCCAAAGCAGAGGCAACAGCCACUUCACCUGGAGCUGGCAGUAGCAGCAGUAGCAGCACCAGCAGAAACAAUGCAGGAAGAAGUGGAUCAAGAUCUCGCCGUCAGAGUGGCAGUGGUUCUCAGGAUCAGCUUUGCCCAACCACAAAGCAGUUUGUCAUGCCCAAAGCUGCCAUGAACAACCAGGGAAACUGGAUGUAUGUGGUGAACCUCAAUGAGGUGGAUGAUCGUUACACCCAGCUUGUGGGUACGGAGACCUGUGUGUCAAACCAGUGCAAUGGUCUUUGUACCAUACCCAAUGGUUACACGUCUCGCUGUCAGCAACAGUAUGUCCAGAAGAAAUUGGUGGCCUUAGAAGGAAGUGGUAAUCAGCUCUACGAAGAUUUCUUUUGGUUCCCCCACUGCUGUGUCUGCCAAAUUACACAGAAUGGUUAAUAGUGAUUUAUCCUCCUGCAGCUCUACACUGCCAAACCAUACAUGUGGCUCAACAGUACAUGUUUCAUCUUCUCAUCACUCUCAUCAGGUUCCUAAUCGAAGAUUCUGUGAACUGUCUAAUGAACAGUAUUUUUGAAAUAAAGUUUGAUAAUUACCACUCA